AGUGAAGUGAACUCGUCCGGGUUUACAGCGUGAAAUGGCCCAGUUUAAAUCUCAGCCGAGCGCAGUGUGAGGUGGUUUAAAUCUCAGCCGAUCGCAGUGUGAGGUGCGGGGUGCUGGACGUCUCCGCUCGACUCCGUAUGGAGGACGAGAGAAAGUGCCAUUGCUGGGGGUUUGAGUUAUUGUGACGUCCUCCCAUAGCAACCAGUGGAACGCUGAAAAGCUCGAGAAGGAGCGCGAGCGCGCAUUCCCCGCCAGAUUAAGCCACAGCAUGGCCUCAGAAGACGGCGGAGUCAGCGUUACUCACACUAACCUGCAGUAAAACGCUGGUUUCUGCCUCUCAGCUGUUUCUCUCGCCAUGACCGACUUUCUCCACGCCGUGGUGUCGGAGCGGAACGCCUUCCCGACCCUCUCCCGGCUGGCCGAGCACGAUGUGGAAGCUGUCUGGGCAGACGUGGCGUCUUUCAUCGAGCGCCAGAUGACCAUGCAGAAGGGUGUGUGCAUUUCUGGCUUGGGAACAUUUACUUUCUCUCAGAUGAAGCUUGAUAUGGGCAGCAAGUAUGUCCUCAUUCAGCAUCCAGUCUUCCUUUUAUCUGAGAAACUUUCCCAGUCUCACGGCCUCAAACAGACCAAACCUCUUGCUGCAGCAGGGGACAUUCCAGUGGUGCCGCUCAACUUCACAGCUCUGUCCACGGAGAGCCUGUUUGACCGGGACGUGGUGGAGGGCUGCAUCCGGGAGACGCUCCUCCUGCUGCUCCGUGCCGUUACCAUCCAGCGCACCGUUGUCUUCACCUUCAGAGGCAUUGGUGUCCUCUCGUUCCACCACAGCAACGUGAAGAUGAAGUUCUACAAGGACUUUAUCUCUGCCAUGGAUGGCACUGGGAAACUUUUAUGGGCCCUAACCAAUAGACCUGGAACAAGCUGCUCUGUAGUUUCUGGGAAACUUUCCAGUCUCCAGCGACCCAUGACCAGCAAUGCCAUCCUGCUCCCCAGAAUCUCCUCAGGAGAGUCACCAAGAGAGGCAGAUGAGGACGAAAGCUCAAACCCACCAGCCAAGCCUAAUGACAGAGAAGAGGAGAAUGGAAAAGAGAUCAAAUUCUCAGCGCACCCCAAGUCCAGGCUACCCAUAGCCAAAACAAAUGCAGACCUCUUCACAGGUGAACCAGAUGCCAAGGCUCUACCAGAUCCAGUAGAAAGACAUGCUGGAUACUCUCAGUCACCAGACGGUGCUGUUGAGCAACUGGAAAUAAAGAGAGAAGAACCCUCCUCUAAUCUGUCCUGUCGUGGCCACACUCGAGCCGGACAGGAGCUAUGCUACCUGUGUAUGCAGCGAGCACAGCGUAACGUACCCCUGUACGUGGCAGAGGAGAGACAGAGAGAAGAGCAAGAGCAAGAGAAAGUCCUGCUGCUCGCUGAACAACACAAAGAUGAGCAGUUUCUACAGAAAGAGCAGGCCAGACAAGAGGAGAAGCGAGAGAACACCAAAAAUAUAGCAGCUUUUAAUCUUGGGAUCGCUGAAGCGCUGAGAGCAAAGAAGUCAGCAAAGCCCUCCCGGUUUGAGGGCUCGUAUAUCUUUAGUGGACGUCCAGUCACCCCUCCGGCGCUCCUAAAGCAGAGACGCUACAUGCAGGAGCUGAUGGAGCAGAUGACCUGCAGGAGGCAGCAGCUCACACAGAGCCUCCGGGACCACAAGCUCAUUGACCGGCUGCAUCAGAUCCAGCUCGCAGAUGAGAUUGAGAAACAAAAAUCCCAUGAACGUCAUCAGAAGAAGGAGAACAUUAAGAGCCUUCAGAAAGCCCUGAACACCCAACUAGAGUAUCGCGGCACUGGGAUCCCCGCUCGCCAGCCUGACUCGGAUGGCCCUAUUUUCGGGUUGUAUGACAGAGCUCCAGAAGCACUGGCUGAGCAGAAGCAGAGAGCCCAGAGGCUCUUCCAGGAGCAAAAGAACACAGCCAACACUAAGAGGAAGGAGGCGCUGUUCAACCGCCUCAGUGAGCAGAGGAUAGAGAGGGACAUGCUGCACCGCAACCACAAAGAACUGAUAGCAGACAGAAUCUCGCGUUACGAGAGGCUGCGUAGCCUGCGGGCGUCUCUGGAGGACACAUGGAACCGCAGUGCUGACUUGAAACACCACCGAGACCUCGAGGAGAGAGCUUUCAUCAGGUCAGGCAGUGAGCUGCUCAUAGACCAGUGUGAGCAGUAUCGCCGCUGCUAUCAGUGCAAGAGAAAGACUAGCAACUGCGGGGAGAGCAACAUCUGGAAAGAGUCCCACUACAUCCCUGGCUCCCGACUGAUGGUGUAGCCUCCUUUAACAAUGCAAGCAAAUGGAGCAUGAAAUAAUCUAAAACAAUCAAUGACAGACAAAAGCUACGGAUGCUGCAACUCUAGAACUUGAAGUUUUGACACCUUAAAACUUGAAUGUUUGUCUUUUUGUUUACAGUUUGGUGGGAAGUUUAAUGACUAUGCUGGGGGCUUUAACACUUUCUCCAUGGCCUAACACAAUCAUACAGACACAUGCUGAAGUCAACUGUCAGUCAAUAAAAUGUGUGAACACUA